UGACUAUUCGUUCGUAGCAGUAGCAUACGGACGAUGUCAUGUCAUGUCUGGAUGUCUUUUUAUCGUAGCAUCGUUUUUCGUCCGGUAGUUCUCCAGCGUUUUGCCUAAUUUGUCAAAAUGGGUCGUAUGCAUGCACCUGGCAAAGGUAUUGCCCAAUCGGCUCUACCUUACAGACGUAGUGUUCCCACAUGGUUGAAAGUUACUCCUGAAGAAGUCAAGGAACACAUCUUCAAACUGGGAAAAAAAGGUCUCACUCCAUCACAGAUUGGUGUUAUUCUUAGGGAUUCAUAUGGAGUAGCUCAAGUACGAUUUGUUUCUGGUAACAAAAUCCUUCGUAUUAUGAAAGCUAUGGGACUUGCCCCUGACCUACCAGAAGACCUUUACUACUUGAUCAAGAAGGCUGUAGCCAUCCGUAAACAUUUAGAAAGGAACAGGAAAGAUAAGGACAGCAAAUUCAGGCUGAUUCUGGUUGAAUCGCGUAUCCACCGUUUGGCUAGAUACUAUAAGACGAAAACCGUUCUGGCGCCCAACUGGAAAUACGAAUCCAGCACAGCAUCUGCUUUGGUCUCCUAAGUUAGAGUUUAUGUUGAUUUUAUAAGGUUCAAUAAAUAAUUACUGGAUCUUAUUUCUAUUUUAUUUUUUUCAAGUUGGAAGAUUCACUUUUUGUUACCUCUAAAUAUUUUUCCAACUGAAAUUCUCUAGGGCUUUGCAAAUUCAACCAAACAUGAAUUAAAACUACCAUGACUUUGAAUAAUAUGGAUCAUUUGGAUGCAUUUUUUGACCUAGCAGAACAAUUCUAGCUAUGGUGGUGAAUUCGAAUCUGUAUCCUUACUUAACAUUGAUUUAUGAAGAAACUGUCGUGUACAAGUACCUACAAACCAAUGUGAAUAAACUGAUGAUUGAAUA